AUAAUCAGACAUACAUACCCGCCAAUCAGUUUAACCACAAGCUCACAAGCUCAUGGCCAUGAAGCUGCUAUCGCCUCCCUCUUCUCUAUCUCGCCCCAACUCUUUCUUCUUCUUCAGUCCCAGGGGACCAAAACCCAUCUCAAGUUCAGUUCAACUCUUCAAAUGGAGGUCAAAAGGUGUAACCUUUACUCCAAGAAUGGUGGUAAAGGCAUGUGUGAAGGUGGAGCAGAAGGAGAAUAAUGUCCCGGAAAUAGCAGGAAGUCAGUGGGGGAAGGUCUCUGCAGUGCUUUUUGAUAUGGAUGGAGUGUUAUGCAACAGUGAAGAGCCUUCUAGAAUGGCAGCUGUGGAUGUUUUCGCUGAGAUGGGAGUUGAAGUCACAGUGGAGGAUUUUGUGCCAUUCAUGGGCACAGGUGAAGCAAACUUCUUAGGAGGUGUGGCUAAUGUUAAGGGAGUGAAGGGAUUCAGUACUGAGGCAGCAAAAAAGAGGUUCUUUGAGAUAUAUCUAGAAAAGUAUGCAAAACCAAAUUCUGGAAUAGGAUUCCCAGGUGCCCUUGAACUCAUUACUCAGUGCAAAGGGAAAGGUCUCAAAGUUGCAGUUGCAUCUAGUGCUGAUCGUAUCAAAGUUGAUGCAAAUUUAGGAGCUGCUGGGUUGCCAUUGUCAAUGUUCGAUGCUAUUGUGUCAGCAGAUGCUUUUGAGAAUUUGAAACCAGCUCCUGACAUUUUCUUGGCUGCAUCUAAAAUCUUGAAUGUGCCCACUAGUGAGUGUAUUGUUAUUGAAGAUGCACUAGCUGGAGUACAGGCUGCAAAAGCUGCAGAGAUGAGAUGCAUAGCUGUGAAAACUACAUUGACGGAAGAGACUCUGAAGAAUGCCAGUCCAUCCCUUAUCAGAAAUGAUAUAGGAAGUAUUUCACUUGAUGAUAUUCUCAGUGGUGGAUCUGAUGGCUAUAAUGAGAUGAUACAGGGACCUCAGGUUCUGCAUACUUCUGUACAGAGUUCAGCAGCGAUACUCAAAGAAAGAACAGAUAACGGGUCAGUUGUUAAUAAUAUUGCUGCCAGUGAUGAAGUUUUCUCAGUUGGGGGGUUUUGGGCUUCUCGGCGCAAUAUAUUGAGAUAUGGAAGUUUGGGGAUUGCUUUUUCUUGUCUGUUCUUCACCAUCACAAACUGGAAGGCAAUGCAAUAUGCUUCCCCUCAAGCUAUAUGGAAUUUGGUGUUUGGAGUUAAUAAACAAGAUUUUAAGCAGAAUGAAGGUACAGAUAAGUCAGAAUAUUCAAGAGUUCAACAGUUCGUAAACUAUAUAUCUGAUCUAGAAACCAGGGGAACUGCUCGCAUUGUGCCAGAAUUUCCAACUAAACUUGAUUGGCUGAAUACAGCGCCACUUCAAUUUCGCAGGGAAUUGAAAGGCAAGGUGGUUGUGCUGGAUUUUUGGACCUAUUGUUGUAUAAAUUGUAUGCAUGUGCUGCCAGAUCUAGAGUUUCUGGAAAAAAAAUACAAAGAUAUGCCGUUCACUGUUGUGGGAGUACAUUCAGCUAAGUUUGACAAUGAGAAAGAUUUAGAAGCAAUCCGUAAUGCUGUCUUACGCUAUAACAUCUCUCACCCAGUUGUCAAUGAUGGAGAUAUGAAUUUGUGGCGCGAGCUAGGUAUUAAUUCAUGGCCUACAUUUGCCAUUGUUGGACCCAAUGGUAAGCUUAUUGCGCAAAUAUCAGGAGAAGGCCAUAGAAAGGAUCUUGAUGAUUUGGUGGAGGCAGCUCUUCUGUACUAUGGUGGGAAGAAACUCCUAGAUGGCACGCCAAUUCCCCUGGCUUUGGAGAAAGAUAAUGAUUCUCGUUUGUUUUCCUCUCUUUUGAAGUUUCCUGGAAAGCUGGCAAUUGAUGUGCUUAAUAACCGACUGUUUAUUUCAGAUAGUAACCAUAACCGCAUAGUGGUCACUGAUCUAGAUGGGAACUUCAUUGUCCAAAUUGGGAGCACUGGAGAGGAAGGUUUACGUGAUGGCUCCUUUGAUGAAGCCAUCUUUAAUCGCCCUCAGGGCUUGGCUUACAAUGCAAAGAAAAAUCUCCUUUAUGUUGCAGAUACUGAAAACCAUGCUUUGAGGGAGAUUGAUUUUGUGAAUGAGAGGGUGCGGACUCUUGCUGGGAAUGGAGCCAAAGGUUCUGACUAUAAAGGGGGAGGAAAAGGAAUGACUCAGCUUCUCAACUCUCCAUGGGAUGUCUGCUUCGAGCCAGUCAAUGAAAAAAUCUAUAUUGCGAUGGCUGGACAGCAUCAGAUAUGGGAGCACAAUACUCUAGAUGGAGUUACUAUAGCUUUCAGUGGUGAUGGUUAUGAAAGAAACUUGAAUGGAUCAAGCUCCACGAGCACAUCAUUCGCUCAACCUUCUGGAAUUUCACCAUCUCCUGAUUCGAAGGAGGUAUAUGUUGCUGAUAGUGAGAGUAGCUCCAUUCGAGCACUUGAUCUGAAAACAGGAGGAUCAAGGCUGCUAGCUGGUGGUGAUCCAUUUUUUCCUGACAACUUGUUUAAGUUUGGUGACCAUGAUGGAAUAGGAUCUGAAGUACUUCUUCAACAUCCACUAGGUGUAUUAUGUGCAAAGGAUGGUCAAAUAUAUAUAGCAGAUAGCUAUAAUCACAAGAUAAAGAAGCUAGAUCCAGCUACUAGAAGAGUUAGUACAAUAGCAGGGACGGGGAAAGCUGGUUUCAAGGAUGGUAAAGCACUGGCUGCUCAGCUCUCGGAGCCAUCUGGAAUCAUUGAGGCUGAAGAUGGAAGACUUAUUAUAGCUGAUACAAAUAAUAGUGUUAUCCGAUACAUAGACUUGAACAAGGAAGAAGCUCAACUUCUUACUUUGGAGCUGAAAGGAGUUCAGCCUCCUGCACCAAAAUCCCGAUCUUUGAAACGCCUUAGGAGACGACCAUCUGCUGACACACAGACAAUUAAAAUUGACAGUAGUUCAUCUAGGGAGGGAGAUCUUCGUCUCAAAAUAUCAUUACCUGAAGAGUACCAUUUUUCGAAGGAAGCACGCAGUAAAUUUAUUGUCGAAACUGAGCCUGAAGGUGCAGUUCUGAUUGAUCCCACAGAUGGAUAUCUUAGUCCAGAAGGAACAGCAAUACUUCACUUUAGGAGAUCCUCUGCCUCAGCUUCAACUGGGAGAAUAAAUUGCAAGGUCUACUAUUGUAAAGAAGAUGAGGUCUGUCUAUACGAAUCCCUUCUGUUUGAAGUACCCUUUCGAGAAGAAGUUCCAAACUCUACACCAUCACAAAUCACACUUGCUUACCUUGUGAAGCCCAAAGCAUUAACAAACACCUUGGAGCUGCCAGUUAGUCGCUGACAAAAAUGCUACAAAAAUAUAUUGUAAGAUUCUUCAUAAUUUUUACCUUUUCUCCUAUCAAAACAAAAGCUCAAUUGAAUGGAGCAGAUAGUUGCAACAAUUUGAAGAAAAUGAUACUUUAUAGAGCUUAAAACACCAACCAAACAUGAAAUGCACAUUGUACAUCACUCUUUAGGCAUCUUUUCAAUGAUUUAUCCCCUCUACUAUUUUUUUUUCUC